UUUUUCCAAAAUGGCUAUAAAUGCUCAUCACUGCUUUGUCCCCAGUCUGCAAUCCCGUGAACUGGGAAUCCUUUCGUCGAGGAAUUUCACCAGAAAUACUUCUGGUUCUUGCGGACUUGUAAAACGAAUGACUUUACAUAAUAAACUGGAACACCAUGACGGAUGUGUGAAUACUCUUCAUUUCAACACGACGGGAGAGCUUCUGGCUUCUGGAAGUGAUGAUCUAGAUAUUGUUAUAUGGGACUGGGCGAAAGGAAAGAAAAAACUUGCCUAUGAAAGUGGCCACUCGAGCAAUGUUUUUCAGGUAAUAAAAAGACCUCAUAAAGGAAACAUAAUAUGCAAGGGAUAAGAUCAAUGAAUACAGUCAUUUAACAUGAACAAGGUUAUCACUCAAAAAGAUGUUUGUUAUUUGAUUUUCUUACUAUUUUUUGCAGGCAAAGUUUAUGCCAUAUACCGGUGAUAAUACAAUAGUGAGUUGUGCUAGAGAUGGAAAGGUAUCAGAAAAUUAGUUUAUUUAUUAGUUAUUUUACUUGUUUAUCAUGUAACCCAGUCAAUCAGCUGAUCAAAAGCAUUGAUCGUUCUUUAUCUCGCAUUCUCCAUUGGAAGAAUGUUAAUUUGUUUACUGUUUGAUUUAUUAAACAAUGUAAGCUUGGAAUGAGGAAACAAUAAUACUUAAAACUAACGAGUAUGUCUCCUCAUGGGCCCAAAAAAUCUAUAUACUGAGCAUCAAUCACAGUUUACCUUGCUGCUUUAAGAUUCAUUUGUUUAUGUGUUUGAUGGUACACAACAUCAUGAGAUAUUUUAUUACGGGUGAGAAAGAUGAAAUGUUUAUCAUGUAGCAGAAUCCUUCCUGCCUCACAAACCACCUUCAGCUUCCACCUGAAAAUUACAAUUAAAUUUUAUUAUAACAAUAAUAUUAUUAUUUAAGGUUCAACUUAAGCAAUCUCUGACAGACCUUCCCACCUGCAGGAAGAGAAAAUCUAGAGAUUUUGAAAAACAGUGAACCAAAAAAGGGGAGAUUCGUAUAAUGGGCCUUUUGUAUGAGUUGAUCAUGUGGUCAACUUUCGGUAAACACGAAAACAGUUCGCUUUUGAAACAUUUUGUUAGCUCAAGCUGAAAGAGGGCAUUAAAAUUAGGUAACCUGUACAUUUUCAACUGUAUAGAGCGUGCAAAGAAAGCAGUGUCCGAUAGCCCAGGACUAGUGGAUUUUGCUAUCAGGCUAGUGAUUUCUUUUUUUAACUUGCCCGACCAGCAAGUGAUGUUUUUUUGAGGAAUUCGAAUAACGGAAGAACUGUGAAAUCAAUUUUGCUAGUGAAAAAUUUUUUGCGGCUAGCUGAAAUCACGUCUGGGCUAGUAACUGCUAGCUUCAGUGUGCCCGAAUGGCAAGCUGUAAAAGUGAUUUUCUUUGCACCCUGGUAUAUCUCAAAAGUAGCGAUUUCAACAGCCUCCUAAAAUUAGAAGGUUUUGUAUGAGAUAAACAACUCUUGCCACCCAGUCAUGCUUGAAUGGUUUUCCAUACAAAUCCUUGUAAAUUCUGAAAUUUUUAAACUGUCGUUAAAUCUUUUCCUUACGCAUUUAAUGGGUAAAAUUGCCUGUUAUGAAUUAAAAGAAGAUUUGAGCCCCAUAAUGCUUAUGGAAAUAUUUCGCGACAGUUUGAAAAUUUCAAAAUUUUCAAUGAUGUGUAUGGAAAACCUGGCAGUUGGUUUCAGAUACGAGAGAUAACAUAUGUAAAUGAAGGAUGAAUGAACAUUUUAGUUAUUAUAAGGGCUUUGUUCUACACUUAACCAACUACUUCUAAGAUUUUAAGGUGUGACACGGUGUUUAACCCUUUAAACCUCAGUAUCCACAUACAAAUUCUCCAAACUGGUCUCUAUUCAUUUCCUUAAAGUAUAAGUUGAGAGAACUUGAUAAAAGAUCAAGAAAUUUUACCUCUGGUGAUCAUUUUAUUAAUUCUCAUAACUGUAUCUCUUGACAGUGUGUGGUUAUCAUUAGGAGAAAAUUGAUGUUGAUCACUAUUGGGACUGAAAGGGUUAAAUAGAUUACCCUACUGUGUAUGUUACAGGUCAAAUUUGAUCUCAGGUUAAUUUUGAUUUAACCUAGGUUAAUUCAUUCUCAGUUUCCUUUGUCCUCUAGCCAUAGCAGACACGGGAAAUCAAGAAUAUCAACCAAGGUUAAAAAUUUUUAAUCUGAGAAAAACUUGACCUGUAACAUAUACAACAUUGUCUAUUCUCCUUAAAACAUUUUUAAAAUAUUAUCAAAGCUUGUUCUAUACGUCUACGUUCAAGUGAAUUCAUAGCCACGAUCUUAAGAAGGGACUCAUAAUCAGAAUUUUUCGCCAUGUUCAUUAUUGCUCAUAAAUCAUAAUGAAUAGCAUCUUCCAAUAAUUUAUUUUUGAGUGUCUUGGUUUGUUAUACGAUAAGUAACAAAUUGCAAUAUUCAAAAUGCGACAAUCCGAAGCCCUUGUAAAGGGUCAAUAAAGUAUCUGCUGGAAUUAAGUACUUAAGGUGUUGAUGUUGGAGUAAGUUAGAGUAUGUUUUCUUUAUAUUAGCAGUAUGUUAAUUUAUAUGUUGUUUGAAAGAUGAUUUAUUGUCCAGGUUAUUAUAGAGAUUGAAAUUUGCCCAUUUUCAACAUCAGUCACCUUUUUUAAAGGUUAGAGUUGGUUUUCUCCAUCCCUCAUCAAGUGAAGGUUGUAAAAACACAAGAUGUCUAGCUCAACAUAAAGGUGCUGCCCAUAAGGUGAGUUCUGGUCAAUAUGCACUGAUAAAUACAUCACACAGACGUUGUUUUAAAGGCCUUUGUUUUUAAGGGGGUGCUUCACACGCAAUUAAAAAAAUUCUAUUUAUUAUUAUUAUUUUUGAAUGCAGCUAUGUAUCGAGCCAGGUUCACAUUGUGAAUUUCUGACAUGUGGAGAAGAUGGUGUGGUUUUUCAUGCUGAUCUGAGGGAGGAAAAAGCACGGAAGUAAGAUCAAAUAAUUUAUAUUAAUUAUGGUUUUAUAUGCUCCCAAAUUUCUUUGAGUCCUUUUUUUGCAAGAAAUAUAAAGCCAUGGCAUGAUUAAGCCAUAUAAUUUUUGAGCAAUAACCAUGACCUGUAAAUUUCAUUGAAAGAUAGACUUUUAUAAUUUUAUAUACCAGAUGAGGCUUACAUGUUAUAUGCUUGUCUUAAUGAAGUUUUGGCAUUUAUUUUUUCAGUCAUAGACUGUUGUGUUUAGGCAGUAAAUAUGUGCUACCUUGGAGUAAACCAUACUACAUGCAGCACUCUGCUAUGUCUCUCACUCAUGUAAAUCACUCUCUGAUCAUAAAAGGUAGUUUACCUAUUUUGACCUUUUGCCUCAUAGGCUUUUUUGCUGUCGAGUUGAGGAACACAGAAGAGUACCGCUGUAUACAAUCUUUAUCAAUCCUCUAAAUAUCUAUGAGUUUGCAGUAGGUGGAAGAGACCAGUUUGCAAGGUGAUGAAAUAUUACCUAAGUUUUAAUCUUUCUCGGCAAUAAUAUUGUACUGUAUUUUCUUAAUUUUUUUUCUGCGGCUAAAACUUCAUGAGGGUUAAAUCUACAGCACAUACAUCUAAGGAGGAAAUGCAUUAUUCACCAUAGUAUUGUACUGUGUGACUCCUCCAUGGCAACAAGAGCAAUCCAUUAUUAUAAAGCUAAAGGGAAUCAUGAAUAAAAAUAUAUUGACAAGUUAUAUUCCUCUGCUGUUGAAGGAACUUGUCAGUUACUCUUAGUUCAAUUCUGAAGAAGUUAUGCAUAUACGGGUAAAUGAAUUUGUAGGCACAAAUUAAUUUUCCAAUAUUUUUUCUUUAAAAACUGUUUACAGAAUAUAUGACAGAAGAAAACUCCCAGAGGUAUGAGAAUAUUUUUUACACUUGGUUUAUCCACUAAUAAUAAAUUUUUAUCAAUGCUCGAUAUAAAUGUGAAAUUCCCUCUUUGUUUCAUAGGCAAAUAUGGAACAAUUCUGAAAGAGAAUCUUCAUUAAAAUGAUCAUACAGUUGAGCCCUGUUUUAUGGGUACCCACUUCAAUAUGGACACCUCGUUAUUAUGGGCAGUUGCCUUUGUCCCUGGGGAAAGCCCUUUCAUUUUCUCUAAAUUUAACUCACUUAAUAUGGACACCCAUUAAUGCCAUCAACAGACACUUGUUUCUUGCCCAAUCAACAGGAUCUCAUAGAAAGUCAACAUCAGAAAUGCGGACACCUGUCAACUGUUUGCUGAAAUAGACCUUUCAUUUUUUAAAGUAAACAAAAAACCUUUAGUUGACAGCAUCUCAAUGUUGCCAGCGCAACACUAAGCCAGAUAAGAUGAUUUUUAGAUGUCAAUUUCAAACUAUUUUGGCAUCAAAUGAGUUAUGCACAGUUUUGAUUAAGUAAUGAUAGAUGAGUGAUUUUUUAGUUUUUCAUGGAUUUAGUCCACCAAAUGAUGGCUUUGUGAAGGUUAGAGGUAUUUAAUUUGACAAUGGUUAUGUCCUCUUUGAUUUCUUUAGAUUUUUUGUUCUAAUUAAAGGUGAUUUUUGGCUUUAAUCACGUGACCCACUUAACCCUUUAAGCCCCAAUAUCCACAUACAAAUUCUCCAAACUGAUCUCUAUACAUUUCCAUAAAGAAUGUGUUGAGAGAAUUUGACAAAAGAUCAAGAGAUGUUCUCAUUGUUGAUCAUUUUUUUAAUUCUCAUAACCUAGUCUCUUGACAAAUUAUAGAUAUCGUUAGGAGAAAAUUGAUGUUGGUCACCAUUGGCACUUCAAGGGUUAAUACAGACACUUUCUUAUCUAUGGCCCCUUCACAGUCCAUAUUAAUGGGAUUUGUCUCUAGUUUAUCGUGAGUCACUUUGGCUCUUAUUUUUGUACCCCUCCAAUUUUAACUCUAUUUCAGUCUUUUAUUGUCAGAUUAGAUUGUCAGGGAAAUAUAAGGCAGUUCUAACAUGUAAGGUUCUUAGGCUUUUUUAAGUAUUUAAAUCGUUUACACUGAAUGCAUCAAUGUCAUUUGUGACAGGACAAUAAGGCUGAUGUUUCACCAGUGAAAAAGUACUGUCCUCAUCACUUGGUAUGUGCUUUAUAAAAGAAAUAAUUUUGUCUCUUUCUGUUUCAGUGUGCAUUUCACUGUUGCUUGUUGUCCAUAUUUUUUGUGCUGUUAGCCCAGUUUAACUUAUUCUAUUAACCACCUGUUUGGGAAGGGAGUUGUGUCCCUCUUCCCCCUCCUCCCUCUUCCCACCCCCCAGGCACCCCCUGUCCUAUGCAUUUGAUGGGUAAUUCUCCCCUUUUUGAGGUAGUUUUCUCUUCUGGUGCACUUGUGGCUUGUGGAUUUCUCCCUUUAUAAAUAUCCUUUAUUAUAUUUUUUCCAUUUUAAACAUUUUUGUUUAGAUGGAGAGCAAUGACAUCUUUGCAAACAUCACUUGCUUAGUUUAUUCUUACGAUGGGACAGGUAACUUAAUCUUCAAUAAUAUUCCUUAUGUUACAGGUCAAAUUUGAUUUCAGGUUAAUUUUGAUUUAACCUAGGUUGAUUCUCAAUUUCCUUUGUCUCCUAGCCCUAACUCGUGAAUAAUUAGGGCUGGGAGACAAAGCAAGUUGAGAAUCAACCUAGGUUAAAAAAUUUUAACCUUUAUUCAAUUUUGACCUGUAACACCUACAUUAUUGUGAAAGCUGCCAACAAAGGCGCCUUUGAUGAGUUUAAGCUGUUAAAAUAUUACUUUUAAAAGAGGUUUAAAAUGUAGCUGAUGUUGGAGAGAUACAAAUCAACAGAUCACAAAAUUUACAAGUACUCAUUUCUUAACAGAGCUCCUGGUCAGCUAUAAUGAUGAAAACAUCUAUUUGUUUGAUUCAUACUCAAGGUAGGUAACCUUAUGUCACCUAGUAGAUUCUUGUUUCUUUGAUGCAAAUAUUAAUUUAAAGCACUCAAACUUUGGGGAGAAAUAUUGUUAAAUGUCAAUGUGAUAUACCAUUAGAGAUCACACAUGCAUUCCUAUGUAUCAUUAAAUAUUUUUUUCUUCAAUUGAUUAAGCUUAAGUAUAGUUAACACUCUUUUUAUAAAUGCCUCAGACUUUGAAUAUACUCACUCAUUAUUUUACAAACAGUCUCAGAAGAUACAUGUUUCAAAGAUGCCAGACUCCUCAAAUAUGAUAUCUGCCUUGGUUUAUCCUCUAUACAUCUUCACCCUGGGUCAGGUGUCAGGUGUAUUCGGUCAGUACAAAAUGCAGACUGCAGACUCUUGCAGACCAUUGUUUUCACCAUGGAAAUGAGAACAAGACAACAAUAGUCCCAUUGCUUUCUAACCCUGAAAACAAUGGUCUGCAGUCAGUCUGCAGUCUGCAUUUUGUACUGUCGAGUCUCAUAUUUAAUGAUGACUAGGACAGAGUUCUGUCAUCCAUCAGGUCUUGAAAUCUAUCUAAAAAGACAGAUGUUUCUUUUGACUUUUCUCUUUACUAGCUCGGAAGCAGAGUUCAUUAAAACUUACAAAGGUCACAGGAACAAUGCCACAGGUAUACCUUUGUGAGUCAUUUUUACCUGUAAAACUGUUCUUUGUAAACUGUAAAACCCAGAAAAUUCCCCCAUAGACCAUAGUUCUCCUGAAAAGUGAUUUCUUAUCGCACAGGCUACUCCCCUCCCCUCUCCCAGAAAGUUUUUUACCAAAAUCUUUCCGCCAAGAAAAAUGCCACAGUUUGGCCAAAUUUUUUAUCCCUAAAUCCUUGUCACUAAAAGAAACAAUCGAUUUAUAGGGUUAUAUGGGUUUAAACUAGCAUGCUGGCAAUAUUUAUCUUCUAACUAGAGAGGUAAAUAAUUGGAUUAUUAGGUGUUCAAGUUUUUUUGUAAUAAGCUGUUGUCAUUUCCAGUCAAGGGCGUCAACUUUUAUGGUCCUCAAAGUGAGUUUAUAGUCAGUGGAAGUGACUGUGGCCAUAUCUUCCUUUGGGACAAACAGACUCAAGACGUUGUACAGUUUCUUGAAGGAGACUCCACAGGGGUGGUGAGUAUCCUACCAUGAAGCUGGGGAUAAACAUCAGGUUACACUGCAAAAAAGUUGUUCACCCUCUAAAUGUCUCCAUGUGUUCAAGAUUGAAUUAGAAUUUAGAAAUGUUGGUCUUUAAGGAGGGGGUAAAAACCAGAGUACCCAGACAAAAACCUCACAGUAGGAAAGGGGGGUGGGGUGAGGCAUUGACGCUGGGAUUUAAACUUGUGCCACUUUGGUGGGAGGCGAGUGCUGUUGCCUCUCCACUGUAAUACCCUUGCACCCUAUAUACAGUGAUAGAUCACAUUAACAGCAAUUGUCAGAUUCAGUUUAACAAUAUCACUCAAAAGAAAAGUGAAGAAUGAUCAUCGCAGUAAAUUUUCUCCCUCACGGGAGAUAUGAACUCAAUAAAUUGACCUCGCUCCCAAUGUGUGGCUUCAUAGCUCAGUUGGUAGAGCAACGCACCGGUAACGCGGAGGUCACGGGUUCGAAUCCCGUUGAAGCCCUGGUUUUUUUCAGGCUUCUUCUUUCCAAUUGCUUAAAUUGGAAAAAUUACUGCGAUGAUCAUUCUUCACUUUCAUCUACAACCGCAGUUCAAAAAUGAAUUAUUUCAUAUACUUCACAAUAUUACUCAAAUUAGAAAAUGGGCUGGUAAAAACUGUGCCAAGUAAUAUGAACCUGACAUGAAACAAUUUAUUUUUGUGUAAAGAUAAUAAAUAGUAAAUGAAAAGUAAAGAGAAACCUUUGUCAUGAGGUACAGAUUGCUGUUUUGCAUAAAUCGAAACCUCUUGGAUAAAUGUAAAAAAUUGUUUUUUUUCCUAGGUGAACUGCUUAGAGCCCCACCCAAAUGCACCCAUCCUGGCUACAAGUGGUCUUGAUCAUGACAUCAAGCUUUGGGUUCCAACUGCAAAAGAGCCAACAUCUUUAGAUGGACUCAAAAAUGUGAGUGCAGCAGUUUUUAUCAGCACAUGCAAGCCUCUUAAAUGGUAUUUGUAUUGUACAUAUAUUUUAUGUAUUUUGGUGGAGGUAUAGCCUGCAAAAGCAGACUUAUUUCCACUCUUCGCUUCUCUCCAUCAAAACAGUUACUUUUCGCAUGGAGAGAGGCCAUGACGCGAAAUACAUCUGCAUUUGUAGGCCAGUCAAGGUAUGACACUGGAGGUCUAAGUCCGUCUACCUACACUACCCUGUCCAGUUACUUAAGUGCCCACUGGUCCAGGGUUAGAAAAUUCAUCGACAACUGGGUCUGGUAAUGUUGUUGUUUUUUGGGGGUUAUUAUCUUGAUGGCAGAGCAAAUAACUGGCUGAUUUCUCUCACAUAACGAUUUUCUCAGAGAUCUCUCUUCAAAUGGCUGGUUUGUCAUUGCAGGUGAUUAAAGAGAAUGAUCGCGAUCGAGAAGACGAACGGCUUCGUCCUCAUGACCCGAUCAGUGAACACCUCCUGUGGCUUAUGAUGCAUCACAUUAGAAGAAGACAGGUAUCAUUAUCAUACCAGCUAAAUCCACUUGCUCUCCCCUCCCCACUCCCUCCUCCUCUUCUCUUGAGUCUAUGGAUAAAAUCCUAAAGUGUGACCAUUCAAAUGAAAGCUACUGAACAGUACUUUCCUGUGUUAUUUCUUACCCAUCCUCAUUUGUAAGCUGUUAGAAGUAACCCACUUGUUCUUAAACUUCCCUCUAGUCAAGAGAAGACAAUGGCGAGCGAGACAGUGAUAGUGACGACAUUACAGACGAUGAUGAUGAUGAAGAUGGUGAAUUGGGAAACAGAGUUCAAUGUAGUCCAUCUUAAAUGUAUGCCUAAUAACAUUAAACUUACCACGAUACCUGGGUAUCCUACACCCCUUGUAAAAGAAGUUUCUGCUGGGUGUAAGUAACAGUAACCUUAUACAGAAAAGUCUUAAAUAGUAUUUAUAAGCAUUUGGGUUUAGAUAUUUGAAAGUAUGUUUUGAAAAUAUAUAAGUUAGUGAAAUUAGGUUUUUGUUAUAUUCUGUUAAUGAAGGUCAUUAAAUUUUCCACUUGCAGGCACAGACUUUGUGAGAUGUUAAAAUUAAAUUUCACUCCUUAUUCUUAAGAUCAGUGGACUUUGUAAAUAAGCCUUAUUUUGUUUUACAUGUUGUUGUGUACAGAAGACAGAAAAAAACUUUUGAUAAGACUCUUGAGAAAACUUCAACGUUUGAACCACACUUUGACCUUUCUGGGUGGGAAGCGAUAAAAUGAAAAAAGGUUUCUGGCUAUUUGGUAAUCUUUAGUCAUCAGCUUGAUCAGUCUGUUUUGUUCUAGAUGCUAAGGUUCACCCGAACUCUCUAGCCAACCUGAUUAUUCUAAUAAACUUUUCAGAACAGUUCUCAUUAGAAAUAUCCAUGUUAUUUGUGAAUUUCACCAGUAACAUACAACUUGCUAGUGUUGGUCCCUACCAUUUUUUAGUCAUUUUCUAUGACUGUUUGUAAAGUGGACAUAGUUGUGUGGAGACAUCUCUCAAAUCCCAGCACUUAGUGCUGGUCCCAGGCCCCAACAUUCUCCUUCUCAGGGCGAGUUGGCUGUACAACUUUGUCGCUACAGUCUCACUCUAGUCUGCGAAGAGAGAAGCAACGACUGGAAAUACGUCUGUGUUUGCAGGCUAGUCUCACUCCUGGGUAGAUGCGCUUUCAGCCUGUCAUGUAAUGAUCCUCCUAAACAUUGUGGAAGAAAUAAUGCAUGACAAUGCAAAAAAAAAUAUCUGCGAAGGAGAGAUUAAUGUCUUGUAUGUUGUGUUUAUGUUACAGGUCAAAAUUAAAUAAUCCUGAGACAUGAAUGGUAUCAGUCUGCUUUACAGCUGUUCUUUGUGUUGUCAUGCAAUGCUUCUGUUGUGUGAUGACACAAAAAACAGCUGUUUAGAAGACUAGAAUGGUAUUAACCUGGGACCAGGCUCCGUAUUGGGAAAAAAAGGAAAAAAAUCCUAUUUCACCCUGUUUUUUGCCUUUUCCCCCACUGCCGAGCCUGGUCCCAGGCUAGAAUGAUAUUGAAUAAGUCAAAUCUUCCAGUUAGUUUAUGCAUCUUAAAGUAUGGUAAAUAGUAAAUUGGCUUUGGGAUAAUUUCAUAAAGAAUCUUCAUGAACUUUUUUUUCUUAAACUUGGCAGGUUAUCAUGUGACUCAACUUAGGACUGACUUUGAAGAACUUUGCAUAAGAUUAACUGUUGA